AAGCGAAGGGCGCUUCUGUUUCUGUUCAUGCUGUCUUGGGUCCGUCUCGAUUCCUUCCUUUAAUCUUCACCUUCAAAUUUUCCCUCACUUUCUCUCUCUUACACAUUACAGCCCCUCUUUGUUUAUUUUGCGGAAAAGGAAGGUUUUUUAUACCAUUCAUGUUAUCUCAUAAUUUUGGUUCUGCAUUUCUGGGACGCAUCAAUGAGAGUCAGUUAAGCAUACCCUUUUUUUCUUCAAGGAGGUUCUUUGACUAAUAAUGGAGAGCCAAAGUCAGCUAGUGGUUAGUGGACAGAACAGGAUGCUUCCUCCACCACCUGCAACUUUUCAAGAUCGUGAAGAUCUGAUUAAACAUGCCCGUGACUUUGGGGCUAGCCAAGGAUAUGUGGUGACUAUUAAGAAGUCUAGGAAGGACAGAAGGGUAAUUCUUGGUUGUGACAGAGGAGGUGUUUAUCGUAAUAGGCGUAAGAUUGAUGAAACUAAACGCAAAAGGAAAGCAUCCUCGAGGCUUAUUAAUUGUCCUUUUGAAGCUAUAGGUAAGAAGGAAGAUGAUGUCUGGCUACUAACCAUAAAAAAUGGGGAUCACAACCAUGAACCUUUAAAAGACAUGUCAGAGCAUCCAUAUAGUCGUCGUUUCACUGAGGAAGAGGUUAGGCAAAUCAAGUUAAUGACAGAAGCUGGUGUAAAGCCCCGCCAAGUAUUGAAGACUCUGAAGCAAAGUAAUCCUGAGCUGCAGUCAACACCAAGACAUCUAUACAACCUCAAAGCUAAGAUUCGUCAAGGAAAUUUAACAGAGAAAAGUUUCAAGUCAUCAUGGAUACCGAACAGAUCUGUUCUUGUUAACAGCGGGGAGUCCUUGAGGCAAAACAACCAGCCACUGAAGGUUCCUAAUUUUAUUGGGGGGAGAUUUGUGGAGUCUCAAGGAUCUGCUAUCAUUGAAGUAAUAAAUCCUGCAACACAAGAAGUUGUUUCUCAAGUUCCUUUGACUACCUAUGAGGAGUUCAAAGAUGCAGUAGAUGCAGCCAAACAAGCUUUACCAUCAUGGAAAAAUACGCCAAUUGUAACUCGUCAGCGCAUAAUGUUCAAGCUCCAGGAGUUCAUCCGAAGAGAUAUUGAUAAGCUUGCUAUGAAUAUUACCAUAGAACAGGGCAAAGCAUUAAAGAGUGCUCGUGGUGAUGUGUUGCAUGGAUUAGAGGUUGUUGAACAUGCAUGCGGAAUGGCAACUCUGCAAAUGGGGGAGUUUGUCCCUAAUGCUUCCAAUGGAAUUGAUACAUACUGCAUUCGAGAGCCAGUUGGCGUUUGUGCUGGAAUAUGCUCAUUUAACUUUCCAGCAACAAUCCCCUUGUGGAUGUUUCCUAUUGCAGUUGCAUGUGGCAAUACAUUUGUUCUCAAGACAUGUGAAAAAAAUCCAGGGGCAUCCAUGAUACUUGGAGCAUUAGCAAAGGAGGCUGGUUUACCAGAUGGUGUCUUAAAUAUUGUUCAUGGAACUAGUGAUAUAAUUAAUUAUAUUUGUGAUGAUGAGGAUAUAAAAGCUGUAUCGUUCUUUGGUUCAACCAUGGCUGGUAUGCACGUACAUGCCAGAGCAGCUGCUAGAGGAAAACAAGUUCAGUCAAAUGUUGCUGGCAAAAAUCAUGCAAUUGUCAUGCCUGAUGCCAGCAUGGAAGCUACUUUGAAUGCUCUAGUAGCUGCUGGGUUUGGUGCAGUAGGACAAAGGUGCAUGGCUUCUAUUACGGCUAUUUUUGUUGGAGGUUCAAUACCAUGGGAAGAACUUGUGGAGCGUGCCAAAGCACUUAAAAUCAAUGUAGGAACUGAUGCUAGUGCAGACAUUGGUCCAGUGAUUAGUAAAGAGGCAAAAGAUCACAUAAGCAGAUUAGUACAAAGCAGUGUUGAUGCUGGUGCUAGACUGCUUCUUGAUGGGAGAAAUGUUGUGGUUCCAGGAUAUGAGAAUGGAAAUUUUAUUGGUCCAACUAUCUUAUGUGAUGUUACACUCAAUAUGGAGUGCUACAAGGACGACAUUUUUGGUCCAGUUCUCAUUUGUAUGCAGGUGGAGAGCCUAGAAGAGGCUAUAGCCAUUGUUAACAAAACCAAAUCUCUGAAUGGAGCUUCUAUAUUCACGUCAUCUGGCUAUGCUGCUAGGAAGUUCCAGAAUGAAAUUGAUGCUGGUCUGGUUGGGAUCAAUGUUCCUGUUCCUAUUCCGAUGCCAUUUUCCUCUAAUGGACCAAAAGCAUCUUUCGCUGGAGAUCUUAAUUUCUGUGUUGCAGGAAAGUCUGGUGUACAGUUUUACACCCAGAUCAAAAUGGUAGCACAGCAGUGGGGAGAUUUGCCAACCCUUGGAGUGUCCUCAGGUUUGCAACCAUCGUCUGAGACAGAUAUGACUAGCCGAGGCGUCUCUUCUGCAUUGCGUCCAUCAUCUGAAAGAGAUUCACCAUCCCAAAGAACAUCACCAGCCAUGUCUCCAGCAUCAGAGAAUGAUUUGUCAGGCUGUGGAGCGCUGACUCUGGUUCCAUCAACUUCAGAAAGGGAUCCACCAAACCCUGGGGGGUCAUCUCUGCCUCUAACUGCUGAUGCAGACUUGCCGAGUCGGAAUACAUCUGAUAUUGACUUGUCAAACAAGGACAAUUCACUGGCUACAACCCACCCGUCUGAAAGAAUGUAUAUGCCCCAACCAUCACAGUGGAAGGAAACUCCAAGCCUGACAUCCCAAAGGACUGAACCUAUUGCUCCACCCCCCGAGAGGAUUUAUAUGCCCAUGAUAUCUCAGAAGAAUAGCAACGCAGCUCCAACAGUUCAGAGGACAGACAAUUCAUUAGGCUUGACUCAUGAGAGAGUAUUCAUGGCUACGUCUCAUAAGAACGACAGUAUGGUUCCAGUUUCACAUAGGAACAAUGGUAUAGCUCAAACAUCUCAUUCUGCUGCACAUCCAGCUUCCGAGAGGAUCUACAUGAUGACAACUUCUAACUUGAGCGAUGGUGUAGGUCACACAUUUCAAAGAACUGAAGACACUUUCUUCCCAACUUCAGAGAGGAUAUAUAUGGCUGCCGUACCACACAGGAAUGAUCACAUUGGCUCCACAUCUCAGCGGGCAGAUGUCACGUUACAGCCACCUUCCGAGAGGGUAUACAUACCUCCAGCACCCCAAAGGGCUGACAAUAUUGCUUCACCUUCUCACCGGGCUGAUGCUGUGCCUCCUACUUCUGAGAGCAUGUAUCUCUCUCCAAUUAUACAGAGAAAUCCUGGUGUGCCCCCAUCUGAGAGGUUAUACAUGCCAGCAACAUCUCAGAGGAUGUAUAAUCAAAACCAAGUAAUGUCGAUGGAUGAUUACUCUGGCCAAGGUCCAUCUAUUAACGUGCCUGCGUCACAGAGGAUAUAGGAUAAUAACUCUAGUUUUAUUUUUAUUUUUAUGAAGUUCCUAGACAAAUCAGUUUAUAAUGCUAAAUAAGAUUUAUUUUCUACC